AUGGGGCCGCCACAGAUCGGCACGGACGGCGGUUUCCUGAACCGUCCCGUGGAGCUGGAUUCGCUGCUUUUGGGUCCAGCCGAACGGGCGGAUGUGAUCGUGGACUUCCAUGGAUAUGGUGGAGAGACACUGGUCCUCCUCAACAACGCCGCCACUCCCUUCCCCGGAAACGCUACUGGGUUGGAGCUGCCCGAACUCAUCCAGUUCAGAGUGUCACGCAAGGGCGGGUCCCGACACCCCUACCAGCUCCCCUGCUUUCAGAAGGUGCCACGCGCUCCCGAGGACCCCUUCGACCUCGGCUACCCAUACCACAUCGCCAAGGAGCGGGACUUGACGCUGGUGGAGAUCAACUCCACGAGUCCUGAUGGCACCCCGAUCGUGAUUCCCACGCUCAGCGGACUUCGCUUCCAUGACCCGCCCACCGAGACGCCGCGUGUCAACACGGUCGAGCUGUGGCGCCUCAUCAACCUCACCCCUGACACGCACCCCAUUCACCUGCACCUCUCGCAGUUCCGCCUGCUUGAGCGUAGGCCAUUCGACGUGGCCGCCUACGACGCCAAUGGCGAGAUUGUCUACACGGGCCCUCCCCUCCCUCCCGACCCCAACGAGAAUGGGUACAAGGAUACCAUCAGGGCCAACCCUGACGAGGUCACCACCAUCCUCGUCCCCUUCGAGGACUACACGGGCAACUACGUAUGGCACUGCCACAUCCUGGAGCACGAGGACAACGACAUGAUGAGGCCGCUCGUGAUCUCCUACUCCGAUAUCAUCAACCGCAUUCAUCCCCUGCGCCAGGAGGUGGUCAGUGUGGAAGGCAAGCCUCAAUGA